UGUGAUGGGACAGUGAAACGCACCAUGUCCCGAACGGAUGGUUGAAUCGCUGAAGCAAAUGUUGAGAGCUUCACAUUCAGUCUUGACAGGGUCGAAUACCACAGAAGAAGCCAGCAUCAGAGGAAAAGUUGUAACCCUCUCUCUGUUGAGAGCAAGACGAGAAGCAUAAAAUUAGAUCUCUUUACUCUUCUGAUUAACGAUUAGACGGAUUUACUUUUUUUGUCUCCUUUCAGUGGGGUUACCUAAAUGCCCAUUUCUUACUCGUGGUUAUGAAAAUGCUAAAGAAAAAGCUGACCUUAAGUAUCAGAAUUUUGUCUGUACCGAGGACGAACGGAAGGAGUAUGUGAACAGGUAUAUACAGGAAGAGAUGCUCAAGGUUAAUCAGGCAAGACUGGCUGAUGGAUUAGACAGAGAAACUACCUGGAGAUUACUGGAAGAGGAUCACUCUAAGACUACAGAUAGUUCUGACAAAAAGACUGGGACAGUACAUGUAUUAAAUCCUGGGAGAAAAUCUGGUAUUUAAAAAAAGAGUAAGUCUAGGAAUAAAGAUUGUAUUGACAACAAACUCGUGAUGCAUAAAAAGUCCAAGGUUAUAGAGUUAACUGACGCUACAAUCUUUCUCGAGGUAAAAGACGAAAAGAAGAAGCCCGAGGUAAAAGAUGAAAAUGAGAAGCCCGAGGUAAAAGAUGAAAAUGAGAAGUCCAGGGUAAAAGACGAAAAUAAAGAGACCAUUGUUGGCACCCUUCAAUCCCAUGUAAACGGGUUUAGGUAUGUAACCUCCAUUCCCCAAUUCAAUGUGUGUUUUCUGUAUAAGGAUGUAAAGCAAGCUAUCUACCGGGUUGAAGACGAGAAGAAGAUGCCGCCUCUCUUGCACUUCCACUUGGUUCGCCCCGUUAAGGUGGGGACAAAAAAGACAAAGGAAAUCCAAUUUCGAUUGGUGCAGACCCCUGUGCUACAAAGGAUAUUUGAUGAUGAUUCAAAUGAGAUUGAGAAAGAGAAGCAAACCAGGGAUUGUGGCCGCAACGAGGAUUUAAAGAUCUUUGUCUUAAGAGUUCAAGCUAGAUUGAGGUGGCUACCUAUAUCACAUUUUCCAUUUAAUGAGCUGGUUAAGAAAUUUCAAUUUGAUGGGGCUAUUCUCUCCAAGGCACCGUCCAUCUUUGGCCUGACAUGGUUUUCGCUAGUCGGGCUUGCAGAUCCACCAUUUAUUGUGGAGCUAUGCAACAUUGCGAUUGUUAAUCUGGCGAAACUUAGACCUGAGGGAACUGAUAUGACUGUCGUUUUUAUGGACUUCAAGCGCGAUCCUCUACAAAUCAACUCAAUUCCUUUGCACUCGCUCGAUGUCAUAAAACGUCGCCUUGACCUUGGGGACGUUAAAUAUUUUGUGAACAGUAAAAAACCAGACUGCUGGUUGCCUAGAGUGAAAGAGAUGGCAGAUACUCACAAGUUCAGUGGAUGGAAGUCUUUUGAUCUUGAGGAUCCUGAAACUUUAAGCUACUACGACUGCGGCAGAAAAGGAUCCGAAGUAGUAGAGUCUGACUCAGAUGAAGAAGUUUACGACAGCUACUACUCGGAAGGCUCUGAGGUAAUAGAGAGCGAUUCAGAAUUGAAGCUUAAGAAAGUGAGAUGUUGGUGGAGUGAGAGGAGCAAUGGGUUAGAUAAAGAAGAAGAUGCGAAUAAAGCAGUAGAGAGGUUGAGUUUAGACAAAGAAGUCAAGAGAGAACUACAAAAUCAUCUCUGUUGCUCUAGUUUCUUUAGUUCAAUUAAUUGUUAUCUUUUCUAUUAAUAGAUGCAUAUAAUUUGCGUUAACUAGAAUGCCAUAAUGCCCUUAUUAUCAGAAGUAGGUUGGAUAAUACUGCUAAUGUAGAAAUGUUUUCAAUCUGUCA